UUUUGUUGUUGUUGUUUUUUUUAUUGUUUUUCUAUUAUUAUUUUUUUUAGUAAAAUUAUACUGUGUUAAUGUCAGAAUCAAAAGCUGUCAUCCUUGUUGGUGGACCUUCUCGAGGUACACGUUUUAGACCUCUUUCACUCAAUUGUCCAAAACCUCUUUUCCCAGUUGCAGGUCGACCUGUCAUCUCUCACCAUCUUGAUGCUUUAUCAAAAGUAAAAGGGUUAAAAGAAGUUUUAAUUAUUGGUUUAUUCGAAGAUAAAGUCUUUGCCCCUUAUAUUGAUAAUGCUGCUAUUGAAUUCCCUCAUCUAAACAUUCGUUAUCUUCAUGAAUAUCAAGCAUUAGGUACAGCAGGCGGUAUUUAUCAUUUCCGUGAUGAAAUUUUGCGUGGUCAUACAAAACAAUUCUUUGUAAUGCAUAUUGACAUUGCUUGUUCUUUCCCACUUGAGGAAAUGAUUGAUGCUCAUAUGAAACAUCGUGGAAUCUGUACCAUGUUGGGAACAAAGGUUCCUGCUUCUGAGGCUACUAAAUAUGGUUGUCUUGUCGCUAAUACAGAAACAAAUCAAGUGCUCCAUUAUGUAGAGAAACCAGAUACAUUCAUUUCUGAUUUAAUUUCUUGUGGUGUAUUCUUAUUUGAUGUCUCUGUAUUUGGAGAAAUGAAAAGGGCACUUGAAAAGAAGGAAAGUCAAGUACAAAGUGAAUUUGUUUCUACUUCAGUAGACGAAUUACGUUUGGAGCAAGAUAUCCUUAGACCCUUGACUGAAAAUAAUAACCUUUAUGUUUACGUGACUAACCAAUUUUGGAGACAAAUUAAGACAGCCGGGUCUGCUAUUUUAGCGAACGCACUUUAUCUUGAAGCUGAAGCACGUGAAGGAUCUGAGAGAUUAGCAAAGAAUAACAAUUCCGAUGGCGGACCUGAAAUUAUUGGUUCUGUCUAUAUUCAUCCUUCUGCUCAUGUAGAUCCUACAGCUAAGCUUGGUCCUAAUGUCUCUAUUGGUCCACGCGUUAAUAUCAUGGCUGGUGUUCGUAUCAAAGAUUCUAUUUUAUUGGAUAACGUUCAUGUUGGGAAAGCAAGUUGUAUUCUUCAUUCCAUUAUUGGCUGGAAUAGUCGUAUAGGUUCAUGGACUCGUGUAGAAGGAUGUCCAGUACAUGAAGGGGAUAGUGCAAUGAUGAAAAAUGGAGUUAAAAAUCAAAGUAUAACUAUCUUGGGUAAAGAUGUUUCUGUUAUGGAUGAAACGAUUAUUCGUAAUUGUAUUGUUUUGCCUCACAAAGAACUUAAAUCUUGUUAUCACAAUGAAAUUCUUAUGUAAUUUAAAACUUUGUACAAUAAUAAUCCUAUGCUGUGUUACAACAAGGAUUCUCAUUUGUGUUACAAAUAAUUAUUCUUCUAUGAUGAUUGUUAUAUUAUUAUUUUUAUAAAUAUAUAAAGAAGGGACUAUAAUACAAGAAAUUAAAACAUAUACGUAUAUAUAUAUAUGUGUGUGUGUAUACAUAUGUGUGCAUAUUUAAAGGGAAGCUGACGGUAGUUAACAAUAAUUAGACAGAUGG